CGGGUUCGUUCAGUCAGUCGCGUUCGGGGUGGCUCGGCUUGGCUCGUCGCGUCACACGCCAACGCUUCUCGCCGGUCAAGGAGAUGCGCUCCUCUCGCGGUGGUGGCGCGGACGCUGCGUCGUCGUGAUACGCGCUCUUGGCACGUGGCCGUUCACGGUGUGAAGUUUUCGCGAGUGGUGGGUGCGCUAUUCGAAGAUAGGGGACAUGACGUCGACGACGCGCGAGCUUCCGGGCCGAUGCCGGUAGCGGCCGUUUUCGUCGCGAAGUUAGGGAGAGAAGAAGGAACACUGUCUCUUCUCGUCGAAUCGAGGACACGUUUGUCUCGUGAAGAAAACAAGUUGAAAACGAAGCGAACAAAGGGACACGUAGAAAGUAUAGGUGAAAGGAGACGCAUCCUUCCUUUUCGAGAGGAUAAAAGCGUCCGGUGAUCGGCCGCGAUACGCCGGCCGACGAACCGACGCCGAGGGUCGCCGCCAACGCGGCGAAUCCGUCGUUCACCUCCGAGACCUUUCGAGGAACGUCGAGGGACAUCCGUGCCGUGUAGAGCCGGCCCCUAUUUCAUCAAUUGAUCUCGUUAUCAUCUCGCAAUUGAUAAUAUUGAUGUGAAUAGAGAGCAGUGAUACCGCUCAACGAUUAUCGCGGCCGAGCGGCGCGAUGCGACGUCGCGUCGCUCAUCGGUGCGCGAUCGGUGACAGUCAAGAGGAAAGUGUCGUCGUCAUCGUCGACACGUCGUUUGCCGAUCAAGGAUGGACAGCGCAAAGCAAAGCGAUAACAAGGGUCACCGUCAUUGUCAGUGCGUACGUCGGCGCGCCGCGCGACGCCGACGUCGGCGUCGUCGGCUGCCGUCGUCGAUCACUUGCCACGAUCGUAGGACAAAUCGGGCGACGACCAUUCGCACGGUGAUUCGCGUGUGAAGUGGACUCGCGGUCGCCGGCUUAUUGGAUGGAAGACGACGACGACGAAGGCGGCGACGACGACGCGACGAGAGAUGCCUGGUAUCGUGGUGUUUCGACGACGCUGGAGCGUCGGCAGCGACGAUCUCAUCGUGCCCGGCGCUUUCCUAUUCAUCCUGCAUCUUAUAUGGCUGACGGUGCUGGGCGUUCUACUGGGGAUUCUCGAAUGGGAUCGUAGCGUCCCCUGCAUUCUUCUCAUGUGGGAGUACAUGAUCGGAUACGAGGGCCUCUUCGUGGCCUGCAUGGCAGUGGAAUUCUUCAUCUGCUUCCUGGCAACGAGGGGCAGUAUCCUUGACACUGCGGCAAGGGCGCCGAUGCAGUACAUCCUUUACAUCCGGUUGUUCUUGGUGUUGGUGGAGACCGGAUGGCUAUGCGCAGGUGUUACUUGGUUAGCGCGUUAUUAUCAAACCUGUCGAGUGGACCAAGCUAAAGACGUUAUGUUAGGUUUGGUGAUAUCGAACUGGUGCUUGCUGGCGUUGCUGAUGGUGACUAUUUGGUGCACGUACGACGCCGCCGGCAGGUCCUGGGUAAAGAUGAAAAAAUAUCAGCGCAGCAUGAGGGAGGCGGAGUCGAGGGGGGCCAGAUUGCAUUACAAGCGCAGCGGCAGCAGAAAUAGAAAUUGGCGACAACGAAAAGUUAUACGCGCCUAUCAGGAUAGCUGGGACAAUAGGUGCAGGCUGCUGUUCUGCUGCAUGGGUAACUCCGAUCGCAGUCGAAACUCGUUUGCCGACAUCGCCCGGCUGCUGAGCGACUUCUUCCGCGAUCUGGACGUAGUACCCUCGGACGUGGUGGCCGGUCUGGUGCUACUCAGAAAGUUUCAAAAGAUCGAGCGCGAGUUGAUAGUCAAGCAGCGCAAGAAUGAUACGUACGAGUUCCUGUCGGGAGUGCCGGUGACGCCGCGUACCAAGUUCCUGUCCCUGACCGAGGACGGCGAUCUGGGCCACUUUCAAUUGGCCAUCCACUAUAUGCACUUUGCCCUGGCCGCUUACGGCUGGCCCAUGUUUCUUGUCGAUCCCUCCACCGAGCUCUGCCAGUUAUGCACCAGAUUACAAUGUGGCUGUUUCCCAUGCGGCGCCCGUCACGAGGACGAGGCGACGAUCGUCGAGGACAAUUGCUGCCGGUGCAAUUACGCCGCCCUGAGCAGGAUGCUCGACUUAGGGGAGAUCGAGGUCGUCUACGCGACCUUCCACGUCGAUGUCGGCGAGACGCCGUUCUUCGUCGCGCUCGAUUAUACGAAGAAAAAGAUUGUAAUCAGUAUACGAGGGACCAUAAGCAUGAAGGACGUGCUAACGGACUUGAACGCCGAAGGCGAGGUUCUACCUUUGUCGCCACCGCGAGAGGACUGGUUCGGUCACAAGGGGAUGGUACAGGCCGCCGAAUACAUACGCAAGAAGUUACAGGAAGAGGAUAUUAUCGCGCGUGCUCGCGCCAAGAAUCCUUCUAGGGGCACACAUCAAUUCGGAUUGACCUUGGUGGGACAUUCGUUGGGCGCCGGCACGGCGGCGAUCCUCGCGAUUCUGCUGAAGCAGGAUUAUCCGGACUUGGUGUGCUUCUCAUUCGGGCCACCCGGUGGACUGCUGAGCAUGCCUGCCCAACAAUAUAGCCAGGAAUUUAUCACGUCCGUCGUGGUGGGUAAGGACGUCGUACCGAGGAUCGGACUCCGACAAAUGGAGAGUCUGAGAGCGGAUCUCAUCAACGCUAUAAAAAGAAGCGUCGAUCCGAAAUGGAAGACGAUUGCGUGCUCGGUGAUGUGCUGCGGCUGCGGCUCGACGCCCACAUCGGCGGCAAAUCUAGAGGCCGGCGGUUGCAUCAGCGAAUACCAGCGGGACAAGGAUCGGGCGCGCGCUCAAACCGUCGUGCCCAGUGAUUCCAGCAUUGCCCUGACUCUGCACAGGCCCUUAUAUCCGCCGGGAAGAAUUAUACACGUGGUCCGUCAUCAUCCGAACAAGGGCGAGCAGAAGUAUGAGACGAGUUGGAGACAAAUGUUGAGCAAACGCGAACCGGUGUACCAGGCGCUAUGGGCCGGUCCGUGCGAUUUCGAUGAGGUGCUGAUCAGCCCGGUGAUGAUACAGGAUCAUAUGCCGGACAACAUGCUACGCGCGUUGAACAAGGUUGUCACGACCCUGGGUCCAGCCAAGCCGCAGCGACUAGCGUCCGGACACCCGUCCUCGACGGAAGCGUCGUCGGAAGCGGCACGCGAGCAUCAGACGAUUGAUGUCCAGGAGUUGGAGGUGCAGGAGCAGGAGAUGCGGGCUUUGCUGUCGCCCUCCAGCCCAAGCAGAUGUCACCUACUGGCCGGCACUCCGCCGCACCGGCUUUGCCUGGAGACAAGCUUCACAUCGCUGCAAAGCCCGACGGAUAUACCGCAAGCGGGCCGCGAGCUUAGCGUGGACUCGCGUGGAAUCCCAUGGGAGUAUCUCAGCCUUGCUAGCGAGCUGCUCACCACGCCCAGGCUGGAAGACGGCAAACCACCGAGCCGUUGGGAUGACCCGACGCGCAUGGCGCCCUUGGCUACGCCGGAGACGCUGUCAGAAGCAUCGACGAGCAGCCCGCCUUCGCCAGUGAUACCAGCGCCUAGACCAAUGCGACGCACGCCCAAAAUCCCGGGAAACUUGUCAACGGCGGCGGACGAUCUCAAGAAUAAUCUGCACUACGCGAUGCUCUCGGCGAAGAACUAUUUCCUGAGGACGACGGGGGAGCAUGCGGGAGGCAGUAAUAACGGCAGCAGCAGCGGUAACAGCGAGGCGAGCUACGAGAGUGCCAAGAGCCUCACCACCGCCGGUCUUCCGCCGCCGGUCCCAAGACGACGAGAUUCCGUCAUCGUUAGAAGAGAACAACGAACAUGCACAGCGGCGUGUUGUAGAGAUGAUUUAUCGGAGAACUCAUCGACCCGCACGUCAUCUCACUCCUCGAGAGUUUCUCAUACUUCGCACCGUGUUCAGGUGGAAGUCAAUGAGGAGAACGAUACUAAUGGCUCCAGUCUGGAUUUUUACGAAGCAAAGGGUUCUUCCGGCCAGCGCGACAGUAGCAACGACGUUUUUCUCAGCGUGCGCAGUUCACCGGAGUGCAAAGGGCUUAUGGCACCGGCUACAGAUUUAGGAGCCGAGUGGAAGAAAGGAAUCGACGCUAUGAGCGAUGCUUCGUUACCGCUUCUCCGAGGUUUGUCGCCUACGCCGACCCCAGGUCAGCACAAUUCACCCUUCUUCAACGCUAAGCGGAAGAAAUAUGUGUACCCCAUUACACUGGUGGGACGUGGAGAAAGCAGCGUCUAGUUAUAGAUUUUAGAUUCUAGGUAAAAAUCGAAGAACAUCAUCUCUUCGUGAUUUCAUUCGACAAAGAAUCGCGGUGCCAAUUGAAGUCGAAAAAAUAAAAUAAAAACGUCGCUCUGUACUCAAUGUGGUCUGAUCUUCCUCAGUCUGGAAGAAACAAUAAUCGCGAAAGUACUUUAGCUCGACGAACUGAAAUAAAUCCACUCGAGGACCACAGGCUAUCUUUAAUAGUAAUAAUAAGAAUAGUGGUCAAGAAUCGACGUUCGGAUACAUGUGCCAAAUCUAUUCUUUUUCUCUUACGUUUUUUUUUAACGUACGAACUUCUCAAGUAGCGAUCUACUCAAAUGGCUAGUUCAAAAGAUAUAUGAAAACGUCAUUAAAAUAUCUCUUACGCAGAGAGAUUGUCUAAAACAUUUUCGUUUCAAUAAGUUCAGUAUUCUUUGAACAUUUUCCUGAUGUGAUUUCAAUCAGAUAUUAUUAUUUCAUUCAUACUUUAGUAGCCACAAAUAUAUAAAUGUAUUUGUAUGUAUUUCUAAGCACAUACGAUCAAUUUAGCAAUUGUUUUAAUAAUGCGAUUAAAAUAUAUAAAAAAUUGAACAUAAUUAUACACAAUAUAGAACCAUCUAUCUUUCAGGAAUUCUAGUUCCAUAUUGUAUAAAAUCGACUUUGAUUAGAAAAGUAUAAGCGAAAAAAAAUGUCUCUGUGACUAUAAAAUCUAGUCAAGAUUAAAAUGUAUACUGCAUAUAAUAGCAGUGGCCUACUCUGCAUCGAUAUUAUUUAUUAAGAAUACAGUAGAAAGAUUAUUGAUUUUUAUACAUUUCUAAAUGUGAAUUCGUCAAGUAAGAAUUGCAUAUACGUUUUAUUUCCUUCUUUUAAUGUAAGUUAUAUUGUCCUUAUAGUUUGUUAGAAUAUAUUCUAGCAUACAAAUUAA